GUGGGACAAAACCAUGGGCAAAGGGCUGCCAUACCGCCAUCAGGAAACACAGCAGAGGAUGCCAUAGGUGGUAGAGAUCAAAUUUGAUUGCCAAAUACAUGCCGUGACUGUUAAACCAUAGUGGGGAGCAUGCAUUGUCUAUCAAAUAGGAGCUGGAGAACUUAGUGGCAUUACUAUGCCAGCUGUCAGUCAGUCUCUUCUUUCCAUCCUUGGAUUCUUGCAUGCUGAAACAUCAUGGUAAUAGUAUUUACACUCUAAUGGUUGAAUUGUUGCAGUACAUUAUAGAAUAUCCACAGGCAUUCUAAUUUCAAAGACUGAAAACCAUGUUUGCAAAAACACAUUAAGUUCAUGGAAUGGAAAGUUUGGGUGGGGAAGGCCAUCAUAGGCCUAGGAACUUAAAGUACGGGCAAAAUGAUAAGGAAGUUAAAACAGAUGCUAGGGCUUACAGGAAAGUAAAAGACCAAGAGUCAGAUACAAUGGUAAAAGUGUUUGAUGGGCAGGCUCUGAAUAGGGAGCAGGCUGAAAAAAUGGGACCCUUAAAGAACAGAAGGUGGAGAGUAAGGAAAGGGGCGAGUUUAAAGAAAAGCCCAUACAGUUUUAUAGAUUCAGAUAUUCUUUCCCAGUACCGCACAUUUGAAAUCACCUGCCUGGCAGGCUGUGGGAAAUAAGAGUGCAAAUAGGUACAGUGGCUCUCCCCUACCAAUCUUUCUGAAAUUUGGCAGAAUGUAUCCCCUUAGAAAGGGUCACCAUGGCUGCUAUUUGCAUUCCAUUCUGGGCAGUCUUAAUUUACUCUGGAAGGCCUCUUUUGCCUGAAAAUUUCAUUCACUUAGGUGAAAAGGGGAAAAGGUUAUAGUUUUUAUAUUUAAAAGGAGUAAAACAGAGCUUUGGAUUUAACAGUUCCGAACUGGACCUGAAUUACAAAUUGGAAUGAUACAGUACAGAUCCAAAAGAGACUGGGUUGCUUCCAAACACUACAAAUGAAAGACCAAAUUUUGCGGUGGCUGCACACUUGGUUUGUAUUCUAGGUAGCCACAAUAAUCUUGCUAACACAAUCACAUUUCUAUUUGCAAAUUGUUCCAUGAACAAUUUUUACGACAGGCUGACCUUUGAGCUUGUUCCACAUUUGUGAAAUGGCUCAAUGUAGGCAAUACUAUUGGUCUCUCAUUCAACAGCAAAACACUUUAUAUUCCUGGAAAUAUGGCCUCUCCCAAGUAAAAGUGAAAACCAACUGUGUUUUGUGCAGCAAAUUUUUAUUUUGCAUUAAAUGUCUCAAGGCAAUAUCUUUCACAGAGAUCUGUAGGACAAACCGUUAAAAUAACAUGAGUGGCUGUAGCAUGCUAUUCUUGCUGAGCCCACAACAGAAAGAUGAGUUGAGCAAGGAGGAAAGUGACAGGACAAAUGUCUCCGUUAUGCUGGUGAAAUCAGCCACCUUCUCCCUCCUUUGGUGGUGCUAACUUCCGCCUGCAAAAUAAAGGAACCAUCUCAUUUAAGAGGAGGUGUCCUGCUCUUUGCAGUGAGUGAGAACCCUGUAGAUGCUGGCGAAUGGUAAGUGCUUUUUAUGGUCUGGCUAGUGUUUUAGGGAGUGACGUCUUGAGUCGACGUAUUCGUUAAAGAACAAACACAUGGAGGCUUUUCUUUAUUUUGGAGUUAGAUUUUAUUUUAACGGUGGAAAUACUGAGUGCUAGGAGUUUCCACAAGGAAGCCUUUAACCAGCAGCAAUUCAGAAAACACAGUUUUCUUUUGGUAUUGCAUUUCCAUGUGCCGAAUUUCUGCCUGCUGUGCAGCUGUUAAAAGCACAGAUCCCCUGAUUAAGAGCCAGAGGGGUGGAAUAGUGGUUGGAGUGAGGAUGGGAAGCCAGCGGUCCUCCAGAUGUUGUUGGACGACACCUCCCAAUACCUGUGACUGUUGGCCGUGCUGGCUAGGACUUAUGCAAUUUGGGGUCCCUGUACCUGUGUUGGUGUGGAUAAGACCCAGGCUCAUCUCAGCCAAGAAGCUUUUGCUUGGGUGACCUUGGGCUAGUCGCCAUCUCUCAGCCUAACCUACAGGAUUGUGAGAAUAAAAUGGUGCACAAAACCACAAAUGCAUGCCACUCAGAGCUCCUUGGAGGAAGUGUGAAAUAUAAGUACAACAAACAAAGAAAGGGGGAGGGAGAGUUGAUAGCCCUAGUGACUGAUUCACACCAUACAUUUAAAGCACAUUCAGCACACAUUUAGUGCGUAUGACUUACCCCAAACAUUCCUGGUAGCUGGAGCCAUUGACCUACAAUUCUCUUAUUUGUUUUUAUUUAUUUACAGCAGGGGUUCCCAAACUUGGGUCUUCAGCUCUUUUUGGACUACAGUUCCCAUCAUCGUUGUAAUUUCGUUGUUCCCGCAAGGGGACAAUGACAAUAAAGAUAUCUUGUCUCUUAUCUCUGACCACUGGUCCUGAUAGCUAGGGAUGAUGGGAGUUGUGGUCCAAAAACACCUAGAGACCCAAGUUUGAGAAACCCUGCUUGUCAACUGAAAAGGCUUCCAGAGUGACUUACAUACAAACUAGGAUUAUUGGGUGAAAGUCAUGUGCUUUAAAUGUAUGGUAUAGAUCUGCCCAUACAGCGAGUUUGAAUCAAAAUCCAGGUUCCUUUUGAAAAUAUAUUACGCAUCGUUGCCUGGGCCCUUGCAUGCAACACCAGGACUGUACACUGUAGUAUGAUUCUCCAGCACUUUAUUUGGGGGGGGGGUAUUGUAAACAAACAAACAAACAAACAAAAACAAAACAACCCUGAAGAGUGAUGUGAAGAAAUUGUUUUCCACUUUUAACAUUAAAAAAUUUGCAAACAGCACCUCUUACAGCAGAUUACUCAAUCACACUUAUGCUGCAAACCUGCACCCUCUUAACUGUGUGACUACUUCUGAGUAGACAUGUAAAUGCAUAUACUCUAGAGCAGACUAAAAUAACUGCUUUUUGCCAGACAUAGUUGACUGUCAUGACAGCCCAAAUCAACUGAAAUUUCAUCCUUUGCCAGCAGUCAUUUCAUCAGUGUUCACAAGCAAAAGGUGGGAACUUAUUUAUAGGUGUUAAGUACUGUAUGUGGAAAAUCACCACAUGCGCUGGCUGUGUGAAUCCAUACUGAUGGUUUGCACAACUAUCGUCUCUAAUGUAAGCAGACUUUUUUGUAGUUUGCCAAAGCUUUACUGCAGGCUCUCUGUUGGUCAACUGCAGAUACACAACCCACCAAGGAGAACCAACCAAUUAGGAGGUUGCAUGGAUAUGGAGCGCUAGCAGGGCUUGAGUUGCCUUGACUUUAAAAUAAGCUUUCUGACUUCGUACCAGUUGCAUCAUCUAUCCAUGCCUAUUGCUAAUGGAACCUUAGUCUUAUGUAAGGGUGUUGUGAAGAUUAAUGUCCUGCUUGAAGAAUAGGUUGGGCAGGCACUUGGGCUAUAUUAUUAAGAACACAUGUACAAAUUUAGCAAGAAAAGUUCUUAUUUCAUAUACAUGACAUCUGGCAACCCUAGCUGCAAAAGCCCAAUGAAGUCACCAAAUAUAUAGAAUCAAAAGCAUGAAACUAUCCUGCAACUGGAAACUAUAUGAUCACCCUUGUGGAAUAAACCUCCUUAUUUCCAACCCAACAUUUGGUUAUAUCAUGUGUAAACUUUGAACCAUGAGCUGCUUUUUGGCAGGGACCUGGCCUUAGUUUUGGUCAUCUAAAAUAUCCAGAAAACCCACAGAAGUAGUGCUAGUUAUAGCCUAUUUAUCUGCAUAUUGUAUUUCCCCCUGAUACAUUGUGUCCAAAGUGGUUUACAGGACAGACAAUUUAAAUACAGUAGCCAUAAUUAUAAUAUAUUGCAAUUACCAAUUCAACAAUUGCAGUUCAUUUAAAGGAGCAUAAAACAUACCAACAGGUCAGUGAACAAUAUCCAAUAAUAAUAAUAUCAGUAUUAUGCUCAUAUUAAGCCAUUCGUUCAAAAGUUAAUACAAGUCUAACCAGGGGCGGAUGAAGGGGGUGGCGAUGGGGUGACAAAAUACUGGGCGGCAUUCACCGCGGGCCUGCAGCGCGCCUGAGCCACGUGUCUCUCCUGGGAGAGACACAAUGGCUUGGGCGCCCACAGGAUUCGCACUGCCCCAAAUGGUCAGCCUGCUGCCUCCCCCUGAGCUGUAGGGAGGCCCUGCGGAGUGUCCUGCCUUGGCUGGCCCCGCCCCUGCAGGCGACUGGCCCCGCCCCUGGGCACAGGGCAUGUGUGCUUGCUCCACCGCUGAGUCUAACCAUACAAGUCUAACCUCCCCCACAAAGAAGCAGAAAAAGAGGAAAUGGUUUUUUUUAAGUCGCAAGGCACUUCAGACAGCGCACUCUAGAUCAUAGUUAUCAUUUGAGAGUUGGACUUCUGCAUUCAGUUUCACACACCCUGAAAAGGCUCCAGUUCAAACUAGUUAACCAACUUUUGUUGCUGUGUGUUGUCAAGUCUGCAAAGUCUGCUUGGUCCCCACUGCACUGUUCAACCUGGGAAAUUCUAUUGACUCACCGCCAGCAAUAUAGGCAAGCAGUUCUCGAUCUUCUUUGAGAAACUGAAUGUAAAUCUCUGGGAGGGCCAUGGAUAAGCAGAGGAUGGCUGGCAAAAAGUUUGGGUCGAGCCGCCGGAAGCAAGCAAGAGGGACCUGGGGCGGCACACGGGUAUCUUCGAUCUCAGAGGAAGAGCCAUGCCUUUCUGAACUCAUGGAAAAGGUUCGGGACCUCUCCCAGGGACAUGGAAAAAAGGAAGGUUUCAUCACACGAGCUGAUAUGCAGAAAUUGGAGGCAGACUUUCCUUGGAGCACCAAAGAGCUGGAGCUUGUGUUUGAUGGCCUGGAUGCUGACAGCAAGGGCUACUUAACCACAGAAGAGUUCACUGAGGGGCUUAGGUACUUUCUAAGCUCACAGACGGUGGCAAGAGCGCACCGGAAGAGAAAGAUGCCUUCCAUAAGGACUCCUACCCACCUGUCUCUGGAGGAAGCUGAUACAGAGGAGCAAGUGUGCUUUAAGGCAUUCCUAAACCAGCUGGGAGCUGACAGCAUCUUUGAAGACCAGUCAGAAAUCUGGAAGAUUUGGGUGCAGCUCCGACAGGAUGAACCCCAUCUGCUGGGAAACCUGAAAGAAUUCUUGGCUAAAAUGACACACUUGAUCAAAGAAUUGAGGGGCGCAACAGAGACAUUGCAGUUAAUACUGAAAACGCGAGUGGCGGAUCACAAUAAGGAGGUGCAGCAGUUAUAUGAGGAGUUGGAGCAGCAAAUAGACAAGGAGACAAGAAGGCUGCAGCUUGAGAGUAAAACCCAAAGCCAAUUCCACAGCGUGGAGAUGAAAGAGCUGCUGGAUGCCAGGGAAAGGGAAAUACAGCAUUUCCUCGAUGUUCAAAAAGAGCUUGAGACGCAGUUUCUCAGUCUUAGAGAAAAGCAGCACGUGGCCAGUACCCAAACCCAGGAGCUGAAACAAACCAACAUUGCCCUUGAGGUCCAGCUACAAAAAACCCUCAACCAGCUUCAAAAGACCCAAAGGCAACUGGAUUUCAUGAGGGGUAGAGUAUCUCAGUUACACAAAGAAGAGAGUGGCAGAUCGCCAGAGGAAGUCUCUGUCAAGACUGCUCAGAGUCAAGAGGGUCAUCUGAGUGCAAAUGAGAUGAGUUCCUCUGAAUUGGUGAUGAGAUUUGGAUACAAUCCGAGUGAGGAUACACUGGGCAGCUCUGCUCAGAAGGCACCUGGUGGUGUGGCCAAAGCCAACUCAGAAUCUAGAACUACUAGAGUGAUCUCCAUUGAAGAGGAUCCUUGGGUAGACUCUGUUGUAGAACCAGAAAAAUAUUUCCCGCAGGAAGUCAUGGACCAAAGCUCUUUGCUUAGAGAGCUGAAUGAUGCCAUAGCAGCAGUAAACAAGGUGUCUGAAUCAUCAAAUAAUCCACAAAUAGAUAACUUUGGUUUUCAGUUCUUGGGCCAAAUUAGAGAGAAAGGAAAUUCUCAGCAAGGAAAAAUGCAGGAAAACUUAACUCCAUAUGAUGCUUGCUCCAGAAACUGUGAUCUGCAGAAGAGAAUUGCUGAGGCUCUUCCUGGCCGAGCUUCAUGGCAAAGAGAUGGUCUUCUUAAAGAAAGACUAACUUAUGCUCUGGAGGUGAAGAAUGAAAACAUCUCUGAGCCACGAAGGGAAGUCAAAACUCUAGAGUCAAAGCAGAGAGGAUGUCUUCUUGUUCCUGAAGUGCAGUCUUCUGUUUAUGAAGAGUUGACAAGUGCAGCCGGUGACUAUAAAGAAAGCUCGAUGCAAGGAAAGACUCUCAUUUUAGAACAGGCGAUCCAACUUCACAAGCAAGUUUUAAAGUGCAGUGGUAUCAGCUGGACUCAAUGGCCACCUGCUGAUUCUGAGCAGAGAGUGGUAGAGCAAUCUCCAGAAAUUAAAACAUCAGAGAGAAAGAUACAUGAGACUCAACACCCCUCAGUGGAAGAUGAGCCGCCUGCUCAUUCUUUACCCAGAAUAGCCCUACCCAAGUUGGAUGAAAGAUGUGAGCCAGAGAUCUCCGUUUUCCAAAACCACCAGUUAGAGAAUAUGCUCCAACCGGGGUUGCAGACACAAAGCACAAAGGGCCUAGAAGCAACAUUAUCAGAAGACAAAAGAGAAGGAUGCAUGGAUUUGCCAGGGUGUAGGAAGAAUCAAGAGGUCAGGGUAGAAAUAGAUGAGGAAACAAAUGUCAAAGCAGAAGCUGCAGACUAUCCAGUGGAUGUGGAUGCGAAAGAAACUUCCAAAGACACCACAACCGUUUGCUUUUGUCCAGACCACGUGUAUAACGUGCUCUUUGUUGGAGACUCUAAUGUUGGCAAAACGUCUUUUUUGCACCGACUGCAAGAUGAUUCCUUCGAUGCAAAUAUGACUGCGACUGUAGGAAUGGACUAUCGGAUCAAAAACCUCUUUGUGGAUAACAAGUGCUUUGCUUUACGCCUGUGGGACACAGCCGGCCAAGAAAGAUACCACAGUAUCACCAAGCAAUUCUUCCGGAAGGCUGAUGGAGUUGUAUUGAUGUAUGACAUCACCUCAGAACAUAGCUUUGCAGAGGUGCGGUACUGGAUGAAUUGUAUCCAGGAAGGAGCAGAAAAUGGAGUUGUCAUCCUUCUGCUUGGUAACAAAACAGACUGUGCUGCAGAAAGAAGAGUCUCUUCAGAGGACGGUGCACACUUGGCCAAGGAGUAUGGACUCUCAUUUAAUGAAUGCAGUGCUGCCUUAGGUCAGAAUGUGACUGAAUCCAUGGUCAAAUUGGUAAGGUUGCUGAAAACUCAUGAAGAUAAGUUCAAGCAGGAGAUUUUGGAGCUUCCAGCGCCAUCUGGAAAGAAAAGGGGAUGCUGCUCAUAACCAAAAGGCAGAAGAUGAGAUGUUUAAAGCUAAUGGCUUUCAACAGAUCCUUGUGGCUGUUAUGUGGUUAGACAUGUUUUGUUUCUCCUUGAUUUUGGUGCUCAGCCCACCUUAUAUAGCACAGGAACCUUGCCAAUUCACAUUGGCCAGAUUUUACAUUGGUGUCCCAAGGCAGCUUUCAAACCUUAUAUCCCUCCAGAUCUGUUCUUUGCUCUGUAAACUUUAUUGGCAACAGGCCAGAGAAGAAUUUCUAGUUCAUACCAGUAAUUUCCCCCUCCCAAUAUCAAGCUAGUUGCUAUAAGCAAUUAUCUCCUGAAAUAUGUGCCUUAUUAUGCCAAUAUUUAACAAACUUAUUCUGAUUCUGAACAAGUUUUUGCAUUCUGAACAAAUUAGUUUUUUGCUCCUUCUCUUUUCAUUCUUAUAUAACUCUGUAAGCUUUGCAUAUUAAUACACUUUCAAUUCCUACACUGUCAUGGUUGGUAAAUUCUUUCUCAAUGUUUUGUGUAGCAUGAUUUUGCUGUUAACAGUGGGGUGGUACUUGGAGGAAAGACUUAGAAGCUGAUCUGAGGGCACAGGCAGGUUCAUAUAGGACAAAGCACUCACUAAAGCACAUGGUCCUCAAAUAUUUACAAAUAUUUUAAAAUAAUAAUCAGUAUAGAUUCACAUUUAGAAAAAUGUAAGCAUGCGGGAUUCAAGUUAAACAACAACAGUUGCAAAGCUAUAAUGUUUUCAGCUGGAAAACCGUAAUGCAGAGCUUUCCAAACUCUGUGUAGCAACAUGUUAAUGUGUCAGCUGCAGUGUGUAGGUGUGUUGCUCGAACACCUAUAAGGGGUUAGUUUAACCUCUGGUUUGCUAGCAAAACUGAAUUACUGUGUCACGAAAUUAUGCAUGUCUAAAAAGUGUGUCACCAACAUUAAAAGUCUGGAAAGCUCUACUGUACUGUAAUGUUAUAGUCAGAUCCCCUCCUCCUUUCUACCACCUUUUGUUUUUCCAACAUCCAUGUAUAGCUGGGAUGCUGCACAUAGACAAAAAAGGUUUCUUGUAAAUGCUAUUUCAGUUAUGCACAGAAGGUGGCGCUUUCCUUGCUUCUAGCUACCCUUUCCAAAGAGAUAUAACAGAAGGCGACUGCCUUACAAUUGCUUGAUUUUCUCCGUAAGAUGGCAGCAAACACAAUUUAAAAUUCAUCAUUGAUUGUAUUAACAAGGUUGGGUCAAUCUGAAUUUCUUCCAAUUUGAAUUUCUUCAAAUCUGUAAACAACUUAAAAAUCAACAACGGUGAAAUUUGUUUUCUAAUGAAAACAGCUGUUUAUAAGCAAAUUCCACAAGUAUGAAGAAAAUCCACAUGCUAAUCAUAAAUCAGCCUGUAAACAAGAACAAAACACUGUGUUCAGUGUCUGCUCAGAGAUAAUGACAAUAAUUGGAGCAUAAAUAGUGCCAAGUGUGCUGCAUUUUAAAUAUUGUUUUGCUUAUAAUACUUGCCUCUCGAUUCUGCUACAGCUUUGGACUUGAGUUUGCAGGCUCAAAGAUUAAAAUACCAUGCCAUCUGACAGGAAACAUCAGCUUAAAAAUAUUCAGCUUUGUGGCUCUAAAAUAUUUUUGAUGACAAGGGUGCUAUUUUUGUAGUCAUCCCAGAUUCCCAAUUGGGAAGUGAAAAUGCUGCAGAAAUCUGGCUCUCAAAUGGAUACAAAGGGAAAUGAAUAAUAAAGUAAUUAAAAGAAAUGUGAGGGGGCAGCCUUGGAACCUCCUUCUUCUGGGAUGGAUUUUUUUUUAAGUCUCCAGGAAUGUACCCUCUAACCCUGUUAGGGCAGGGGUAGCAAACAUGGUGCCCUCUAGAUGUUGUUAGACUCCAGCUCCCAUCAGCCUAUUUAACAGUCAAGGAUAAUGUGAGUUAGUCCAACAAUAUCUGGAGGGCACCACAUUGGCAAUCCUUGUUAGAGGCUUGAACAGGCCACUAAACUCUUCAUCCCCUCCCUGCCAACUGAAUCUCUUUUUCUUUUUCCAAACUUUUUCCACUUCAACUAGAGCAAAGGAACUUCAGAGGGAGUAUGCAGUGUGAAACAUGCUAUCACUUGCGGACUGAAAGAAAACAGGAGCUUUAGCGUAUUGUGUUAACUGGCCUAACAAUUCCUGUGUUAUCAACUAUUUGAUGGUUGUGUGCAGUAAUUAUUAUCACUGUACUUUCCCCCCUGUAUUUCAUUUCCCUCUGACCUCACUGUUUAUAAUUCCUCCCACCCCACCCCAUACCUGCAACUCAAGGUAACAAUGUAAGUUUCCAGAAAAAUGGACUGUAACCCAUGCAAGUGUAUGCUAUAAUAAAUGCGUUAGUCAUCUAUUAAGAUGCCACAAGCCCUCUGGAAAUCUCAAGAUUCUGUAUAGCUCAGGAACAUAAGAAGAGUCAAUGGCCCAUCUUGUCCAGCAUCCUGUUCUCUCAGUGACCAACUAGAUGCCUGUGGCAAACCAGCGAGCAGAGUGUGAGCAGAAGAGCACUCAUCCGCCAUGCAAGUA